AAGCAAGUAACCAAGAGAGUCAAUUCCUGGAUGACGGAUGUGUCCUGUUGUUCCCACUGAACCUCCAAUCCCGUCUCCCUCUCUCCUGCCUGAAGGUCUUUCUGCUUUUCCCUCCAGACAGACAGCGCGAUGAGCCGCGGGACACGCAGAGGGACACACGCCGCCUUUGAUGCUCAUGCAAGAAGUUAAAUCGAGAGAAAACCUGAAACCGAAAUGAGGCGCGUUGAAAAUCAGUUUGGAUUAUGAGGAAAUGACCUGAGCUGCGAACAACAGGAGAUGACGGUGAUGAUGGAGAGAAUCGGGACUAUUCGGCUUUACCUCAUGAAAUGGAUUUGCCUGCGGUGGGCUUGGGUUUGUGUGGCUGCCUGUGGUGGUAAGGUGGAGUUACACACAGAGAGGAGAGGAGUGAUUUACAGCCCAUUAUGGCCCCUCAAUUACCCGGCCGGAGUCAACUGCAGCUGGAAUAUACAGGGCAGCCGUGGAGAUGUGAUCACAAUCAGUUUUCACAGUUUUGACCUGGAGGACACGGGGGAUUGCAGGGGGGACUGGCUGCUGCUCGGCCCUACAUGGAAAGCUGAGUAUCGCCUCUGUGGGUCUGUUCUUCCUCCUCCCUUCAUCUCCUCCAGAGGACGAGUCUGGGUUUACUUCCACUCUCACUCCAACAGCUCCGGUCAGGCACAGGGCUUUAGAAUGUCCUACAUACGAGGUCGUCUGGGUCAGAGUAGCUGUGAGAAUGAUGAAUAUUUAUGUGGAAACGGCAAGUGUGUUCCACGUUCAUGGCGCUGUAAUGGAUUGGAUGAAUGUGGAGAUAAUACAGAUGAAAGGAGCUGUGUCGCCCCACCAACACCCGCCCGGGUGAGCCUGUGUCCAGCGGGUACCUUACAAUGCUCGGAUGUCCAGUCUACCCGUUGCCUACCAGGGUCUUUGCGCUGUAAUGGAGCCCGGGACUGUCCUGACGGAUCCGACGAGGCCCGCUGCCCUGACACGUCCUGUGGAAAACGCUUGGUCAACUUCUACGGGACAUUUGCUUCACCUGAUUUCUUCCGUCCGAACAGGAGCACCGGCACAGAUCUUCACUGCACGUGGUUCCUGGACACAAAAGACCCGAAGCCGCUGGUGCUGCAGGUUGAUCUACAGCUGGGUGUUGGAGACUCUGUGCGGGUUUAUGAUGGUUUGGGAGAGCAGGCAGAACGGCUGCUGCAGAGCCUUUCUCACCAUAAUAACCACAGACGAGCCCUGCUGGAGUCUUCCCAGGGCCAGAUGAGCAUCUUCUACCAUGCUAAACCACACAGCCCUGGACAUGGAUUCAAUGCCACAUAUCAGGUGAAGGGCUACUGUUUUCCCGGGGAGCAUCCGUGUGGCACAGAUGAGGGCUGCUACUCUGAUCUGCAGCGCUGUGACGGAUACUGGCAUUGUCCUGGUGGUCGAGAUGAGGAGGCCUGCCCGCUGUGCCAGCCGGGUGAGUACCCCUGCGAGGGCGGCAGCGGGGCAUGUUACUCCGCUUCUGAGAGGUGUAACAAUCAGAAGAAGUGUCCCGACGGCUCCGAUGAGAAGAACUGCUUUGACUGCCAGCCUGGAAACUUCCACUGCGGAACCAACCUGUGCAUCUUUGAGACGUGGCGCUGCGACGGGCAGGAGGACUGUAUGGACGGCAGUGAUGAAAGAGACUGUCUGGCGUCUGUGCCCAGGAAGGUGAUCACAGCGGCUCUGAUUGGCAGUUUGGUCUGUGGGCUGCUGCUGGUCAUUGCACUGGGUUGUGCCUUUAAACUCUACUCGCUCAGGACAAGAGAGUACAGAGCUUUUGAAACCCAGAUGACCAGGCUAGAGGCGGAGUUUGUUCAGAGGGAAGCUCCGCCCUCAUAUGGUCAGCUGAUUGCUCAAGGUCUCAUUCCUCCAGUGGACGACUUCCCAGUCUACAACCCCACACAGGCGUCUGUUCUGCAGAAUCUCCGUUCGGCUAUGCGGAGACAGAUUCGCCGUCACUCAUCCCGUCGCUCCUCUUCACGCCGUCGGCUUGGACGCCUGUGGAAUCGACUGUUUCACCGCGGCUCUCGAGUACGGGGUCAAAUCCCUCUCCUCACACCUCCAGGUCACACACAUGCAAACACACACCCCGAGCUGAGCCUCCACAGCUACAACACAGCAGACAACAGUGUUCGAGAGUCACCAGAGACAACGGGACAGACUCCGCCGUCAUGUUCUGCGGUGGCGCUGGGUUUGGCAUUACAAGCCCACAAUGAGGCCUUAUGCCUGCCUGACAGAGAGUCUCCAGCGUCUCCUCUCUCUCUGCCCUCACCAAACUCACUCCACUCCACCUCUGACACCCUGGAGGACGAAGAUGACGAAGACGACAGGAGUUCAGCUGGAAAACAGGGCAUUUCAGCAAAACAUAAAGACGCUGACAGUCCUCCUGGACCCUCGGAAAGGCCCAAACGCAGCACAAGCGGCUCAAGGUCAUCAAGACGGCUGGUGCAGGAACUGGCUGCGGAGCUCAGAGGAGUCUCUCUCCUACGCUACACGUCUGUGGGCAUUUCUCCUCUUUCUUCCCCAGAGUCGCCCACGUCCUCCAGCGGUCAGUCUGAGGAGCAGAGAAGCUGUCCUGCUUUCAGAAAAGCACACAAGAACUCGCUCGCUGAUGAUCGUGGACACAGCAGGGAAUCUUCAGGUGUGGAAGAUGUUCCCGGUGACUCGAUCAGGCUCUGCAGACUCACAGCUAGCGAGGAAGAGGAGGAUGAUGAUGCUCUGUUAGUGCACUGAGAAGCCUUUAUCACCUUCCCUGUUUUGUGCCAACACAGUGAGCCAUAGCAGGUUCAGCCAACAGCCUUCCAUCCAGAGUCAGGAGUUCUGUUCACAUGUUCAGCUAUCUGUCUUUUUAAGUGUACUUGGCUCAGUGUGUACAGAAAUAUUUGAAGUAUUUAUUUAGUACCUUUUAAGCAUCGCAUCACUUUUGUUUGUCUUUUGGGUUUAUUUUUGGAGAAUGUCAGAACACUGAGGCUGAAUGAAGCUAGAGUUUUAAAAGGCAAAUUAUUGAUUCAGACAGACUGAGAUUGAUCUUUUAAAGGUCAUGUACACAAAAGUUCAAAAGUCUGGGGUUAAAACGAUUCUUAUUUUCAUGAAGCUUUUUUUUCACUGGUAAGGAUGCAUUGCAUUGAUUUAAAAGAGUGACUGUAGAGAAUUCGGAACCUUUUUUCAUGAAAAUAUUGAACGAAAAAAUUAAUUAAUAAUGGUUCUUGAGCAUCAAGUCAUUAUAUUACCUCGGCUUCAAAUAAAUAAUGACUGUGCACUCAUAUUAGUUGCGAAUGGCAGAAAUUGCAGCAUGCAAGAUGGUGUAACAGUCCCACUUUCUAAAUAAUUCAUCAUAAGCUUGGUGAAUUGCUUUGAAGUUUCAGCUGUUUUUGCAUAACUGAAACAGUCGACGGAGAGACGUCUCAAAAAUGGCCAAUGAACAAAACUACUUGUCUUCACCCUUCAUUUGUUUCAAGACAAAAGCAGAUAUUUUGAAGAAAGAUGGAAACCUGUAACUAUUGUCUUCCAUAAU